AUGGAGGAGGAGAUGAAUGUCAAAGAUCUCAGGAAAAGGGUACCAUAUCAAAUUCAGAGAGAUGUACUGGAUGAGCUCAGUGUCGAUCAAGUUGCUGAGAAAUCGGAUUUCAAAAUUUCAACAAAAGAAAAACUCAGAGAUGCUGUCAGGUGUACAGGCCCAAGAUUUAAGAGCUGUUUCCUAUCAUUUGUUCCUCUCCUGGCAUGGCUGCCACGAUACCCGUUUCGAGAAAAUGCUAUUGGAGAUCUAAUAUCAGGAAUCAGUGUGGGAAUCAUGCACCUGCCACAAGGUAUGGCGUAUGCUUUGCUGGCUGCGGUCCCUCCUGUUUUUGGUCUGUAUUCCUCCUUCUACCCCAUUCUCAUCUACUUCAUAUUUGGAACAUCCAAACAUAUCUCUGUGGGUACAUACGCAGUUAUGAGCGUUAUGAUUGGCAGCGUGACAGAGCGUUUGGCUCCAGACUCAGACUUCAUGAUACCAGGCAAUGACACCAACAGCACCACCUUGGACAUUGUCGGCCGUGAUGCGGAGAGGGUCAAGAUCGCGGCCACUGUGACUUUCUUAUCUGGCAUUUUCCAGUUACUCCUCGGUGUGGUUCGGUUCGGUUUUGUGGUGACGUAUCUCUCAGAGCCAUUGGUGAGAGCUUAUACAACAGCGGCCGCCAUUCACGUUAUCGUCUCCCAGCUCAAAUAUUCCUUUGGCAUCAAUCCACAGCGGUACAGUGGACCUUUGUCUCUUAUAUAUACAGUCAUAGAGAUUUGUGCAUUGCUCGGAAAGACUAAUAUUGGUACUCUGGUAGUUAGCAUUGUAACCAUCUUAGGUCUGGUCGCUGCAAAGGAACUUAGUGCCUUGGCAGCACGCAAAAUCCCUGUUCCGAUUCCUGUUGAGCUGAUCACUAUUAUCGUCGCUACUGUGGUGUCAUGGCAGAUGGAUUUGAAGACUGAAUAUGGUGUUGAAGUGGUUGGAGAAAUUCCAUCAGGUCUGCAGGCUCCUGUGGCGCCCGCUGUCUCACUGUUGGGUUCAAUGGUCGGUGAUGCUUUUGCACUGGCUGUUGUUGGUUAUGGUAUUGCUAUCUCACUGGGUAGAAUUUUCGCCCUCAAAUAUGCCUACAAAGUCGACAGUAACCAGGAGCUCAUCGCAUUGGGUCUAUCUAACUCCGUUGGAGGCUUAUUCAAUUGCUUUGCUAUCAGCUGCUCUAUGUCUCGCAGCAUGGUGCAGGUCAGCACAGGGGGGAAGUCACAGGUGGCUGGAGCGAUUUCUGCUGUGGUAAUUCUGGUGAUCUUGUUAAAGAUUGGCGAACUCUUUGAGGAGCUGCCAAAGGCUGUGCUGGCUGCUAUAAUCUAUGUAAACCUUCAAGGCAUGAUGAAGCAGUUUGGAGACAUCUGCUCUCUCUGGAGGACCAACAAAGUGGAUAUGGUGGUGUGGGUGAUGACUAUGAUCUUGACAGUGUUGUUUAAUCCUGAUCUGGGACUAGCUGCAUCUAUCGCCUUCUCCAUCCUCACUGUCGUCUUCAGAACUCAGCUACCAAAAUACUCUAUUCUUGGCCAGGUUCCUGGCACUGACAUCUACAGACCAGUAGAGGACUACCAUCAGGUGAAGGAGAUUCCUGGUAUAAUGAUUUUUCGUUCAUCUGCAACAUUGUACUUUGCCAACGCUGAAAUGUACAUUGAUGCACUCUAUGAGAAGACUGGGGUAGAUGUGGCUAAACUUCUUUCACACAAGAAAAAACUGGAAGCAAAGAGACUCCGAAAAGAAAAGAAAGCUGCAAAGAAAGCAAAGAAAGAGGCCAAGAAAAGAGCUAAAGAAGCUGCUGUUAAAGCUGCUAAGGAACCACAGUUUUCGGACACAGAUGAAAGUGGGGAAGAGCCAGAGUUGUCACAUGCAGAAGCAAAUGGGGAUGUGAAUAAGUUGUCAGUCAAAGAACCAAAGGAUGUGGCUACUGUGGAGGUGGGGCCUGACCCUGACCCUGACACCACGCUCCCACGGGCAAUCAUUCUUGACCUGAGCCCAGUCAACUUCCUGGAUACAGUUGGCGUGAAGACUCUAUGCAAUAUCUAUAAAGAUUACGGAGAGGCUGGUGUACAGGUGUACUUAUGUGGCUGCCAGAGAGGUGUUAUAGAGAGUAUGGAGAAGGGCGAUUUCUUCAAUGAGAAAGUAACUAAAUCGAUUCUCUUCUCAUCAGUACAUGAUGCUGUUCUUUACAGUCAACAAGGAAACAGCAAGGAGGUUAUGCAGGGAACACAUUUGUAAAUCCAAACACCAAACG